AUGUUUCGUCGUGUAGCCUGCCGUGUCCCUUUUACCGCAGCUGCGGUGUGUUAUAUGAGUACGACGCGCCCACGAUUGGAGCGUAUCAAAGUCAGUGGCAAAGUUGUUGACAUGGACGGUGACGAGAUGACACGCAUCAUUUGGUCUCUCAUCAAGGAGAAACUUAUUUUGCCGUACGUGGACGUCCCUAUUGAGUACUAUGAUCUUAGCAUCACCAACCGUGAUGCCACCAACGACAAGGUCACAGAACAGGCGGCAGAGGCCAUUUUGCGACACAAUGUUGGUAUUAAGUGCGCCACAAUCACCCCGGACGAGGCCCGAGUGAAGGAAUUUAAUCUUAAGAAGAUGUGGAAAAGCCCAAAUGGGACAAUUCGUAAUAUUGUUGGUGGCACCGUUUUUCGCGAGCCCAUCAUCAUUAAAAAUAUUCCGCGUGUUGUGCCACAGUGGCGUGAGCCGAUCAUUGUUGGCCGUCAUGCCUUUGGUGAUCAAUACGCAGCGACGGAUGCCGUGUUUCCCGCAGGUCGCUUGGAGCUUGUGCACACCCCGCCUGGUGGCAGUCCACAGGUGCUGGACGUUUACACAUUUAAGGGCGAAGGUGUUGGUCUUGCCAUGUACAAUACCCUUGAGAGCAUAGAAGCGUUUGCGGUGAGCUGCUUUGAGUAUGCCCUUCUACGCAAAUUUCCUCUUGUGCUCUCCACCAAGAACACCAUUUUAAAGAAAUACGAUGGACUUUUCCUUGAGACAUUCCAGCGUCUCUACGACAACAAGUACAAGGAUCAGUUUGAACAGCUUAAGCUGACGUACACUCACCGCCUGAUCGACGACCAGGUGGCGCAGAUGAUAAAGGGAAACGGAGGAUUUGUGUGGGCAUGCAAAAACUACGACGGUGAUGUACAGAGCGAUAUCGUGGCGCAGGGUUUUGGCUCACUUGGCCUCAUGACAUCUGUGCUGCUUCGUCCAGACGGCAAGACGAUUGAGGCAGAGGCCGCCCACGGCACCGUCACGCGUCACUAUCGCGAAUAUCAGAAGGGAAAAGAGACAAGCACCAACUCUGUCGCCUCCAUCUUUGCAUGGACACGCGGCCUGUCACACCGCGGUAAAUUGGACGGCAACCCGGCACUCACUAACUUUGCCGCAGCCCUUGAGUUAGCGGUCAUUCGCACCAUUGAGGCCGGGCGCAUGACGAAGGACCUCGCAAUAUGUAUCUAUGGGCAGGAGAAGCUGCAGCGUUCACACUACGAGACGACGCAUGAAUUCCUUGAAAGUGUUGCUGCAGAGCUUGCACGCACGUGGAGGUCCUGA